AUGGACCAAAUAUUUGCAUUAGAAUAUUUUGAUGCGAUAUUUAGAUUCCUUCCGACUAAUAAAGACUUAUAUUCUUGUCUCUUAGUUAAUAAGCAUUGGGCUACUUGUGCCGUUCCAAUUUUAUGGGAAGCACCUUUCAGAAUUAAAGGCACAUAUAUUCCAUCUCCCAAAGUGAUCAAAACCUAUCUUGCAUUUAUACCAGAUAAUACUUUUCACAGAUUAAAAUAUAAAAGAAGAAUUGGGUUAUUGAUUACUGGGUCUCCUUGUUUUAAAUAUCCAUCAUUUCUUAAAGAGCUCUCAUAUGAUCAAUUUAUUAAAGCAGCUAUAGCAAACAAUUGCUGUAAAGAUAUUAUACUUGAAUUAUUGAAAAUACUUUGUGUAAGAUUACGUCGAUUUGGUACCUACAGCUGUCUUAAUCAUCAUUCCGAAAACCUAGAUAAUAUAGGGUCUUUGGUUCUUCCUCAUUUUUCUAAAUACACUUCUAUAUUUAACGGAUUGACUUAUCUUAAUUGUAGCUAUAAAUGGCCAAUGCAAAAAACACAACUUUUUAAUGCAAUGUCAAAGAAUUGUCAUAAUAUUGAAAAUCUUAAAGUCAGCAUUUACUAUGAUAAUGAAGGAAUAGCUUUAGCGGCCCUUAUCCGUUCUCAAAAGCAUUUAAAGAAGUUUUCUCUGAUUAAUGGUAAUCAAUUUGCAUCAUUUCCUGUCCAAGCUCUUGUAAGUCAAAACCAUUCACUUAAUUAUAUAGCAUUUAAAGACAUGCAUCGUAAUCAUAUUUUAGGCAAGGGGAGAUUUUUUAAUUAUUCUAUUUGUCAGUUAAAUAGCAACGAUAUUAAUAUACUUGCUCAGUGUACAAAUAUCAGAAAAAUAAAAUUCAAACACUGUGAAGGGCUCAAUUCUUAUGUAUUUCUUCCUCUUUCCACUGCUUUUUCAUAUUUAACAUCCUUAGAAUAUUCUUACGGCACUUAUAACGUUUAUGAUUAUGCAACUCCUAUUAUGUUAUUAUCUGAUCUCAUUAUGACAAGUUGUCAUACACUUAAAAGCAUUAUACUUGAGUGGCAUUCUCAUAAUUAUAUAGAUAUUACCAAGCUUGUCAAAAUUAUUACUCAAUAUGUGAUAAGUCUUGAAUGUUUAAAAAUUCCACUUUAUACAUUAGAUCAACUUGUUCUAAUUCAUCAAAAACAAAAUCAAUUAAAAAGACUUGAAAUACAUAUUUAUAAAAGAAUAAGUCCAUAUUAUGUUCUUUUUCUUUUAGCAAAUGUUCCACUUAAAAGUCUUGAACAUUCAAUUCAAUUAUACUUUGACUGUUAUGAAAAUUUUAAACUAAAAUUUUAUCAAUUAAAUCAGAUUUUUGAAUCAAUUUUCUACAAAAGUAAUCGGAUCGUUAAUUUUAGUUUAUACCUACGUAAUGGCCUUUCGGCAGAAAAGAUGCUAUUAAGAAAUUAUCCGAGACUUAAAAUUAAUUUUCUAUUUGAUCUAGCGAUAGAAGAUUCAGUUGAUAUUCUUUAUUAUUUUUGUGGUUUUAUAAAAUUUUUGAUAACAUUUAAUGAACCAUUUGGAAUCGAAAAAAGUUUCUCAAGUGCUGAUCGAGAAAAAAUAGAUAUGUUUGUAGCUUUUUCACAAGUGCUUUGUUUUCAGUCAUUUAUCAUGCUUUCCAUUUUACUCUUUUUCUUAGAGACCUUAAUCACUACUGCUAUUGCUCAGCAACAAUGCGUACCGUACGCAUCUAAUUAUUCUUUUACAACUGGUUAUCCACCAAUUUGGCAAAAGCCCACAAGUCUAAUUUUUAAUACAGAUGAAUUUAAGAAACUUAACAGUUCUAUUGAUUGGACAAAAGUUCCUAAUAUUCCACCUCGUAAACUGAUAAAUGGGGCUUUAGAUAGAAGUACUUAUCCUAUUACUGACCCGGAUUGUUGGUGGUCAUAUAAUCUAUGCACAACACCCAAAGCACCCGGACUGCAACCUGAUAUUUACAUGUGUCCCGAGCCUGGUACUUGGGGUAUAUCAUUCGAUGAUGGUCCAAACUGCACUCAUAAUGUGUUUUACGACUACCUUAAGGCAAAUAAUCAGAAUGCGACUAUGUUUUUUAUUGGAUCAAAUGUUGCUGAUUUACCGUACGAAGCGCAGCGCGCUCACAGAGAUAAACAUCAUCUUUGUGUUCAUACGUGGUCUCAUCAAUAUAUGACUACACUUACGAACGAUGAAGCGCUUGCAGAAUUGUUCUACACUAGGAAGGUUAUGAAAGAAGUCAUAGGCAUAACGUCUCGUUGCUGGCGUCCUCCUUUUGGUGACUGUGAUGAUCGAAUUCGUGCGAUUGCUCAACAACUCAACUUGACAACUAUUAUCUGGAAUCUUGAUUCCAAUGAUUGGAAUAUGGUACCUGCAGGCGUCAAGCAACCUGCAGAAAUUGAUGGUAUUUUCCAAAGUUUUGUUGAUAUGGGUCUAAAUGGAACCUUCUCUAAAACUGGCGCAAUCGCUCUGCAACAUGAACUAAACAAUGGAACAAUGUCCAAGGCUAUUGAAUGGUACCCAAAGCUCAAAAGCGCCUAUAAACAUAUUGUUCCUAUCGCUACAUGCAUGAAUAUUACUCAUCCAUAUGAAGAAUCAAACAUCACCUAUCCAUCAUUUGCCGAAUACAUUGGCACGCAGGGAAAUAAUGGUGGUACCUCAAAUAAUAAUAAUCCCACAAAAAAAUCAUCAUCCGUUUCGAUAUCAAGUUAUAGCAGCUUAAUUUCCAGGGUGAUUGCUAUACUCAUAGCAGUCUAUUUAGCAUUUUAA